AUGUCGGCUACAAAUAAAAGUCCUAAAGAAUUGAUGGAAUAUCGACAUUUAGGUCGAACGGGUCUUAAAGUUAGUGUAUUAUCAUUUGGAGCAUGGGUAACAUUUGGUGAACAAUUUGAUAUAGGUGAAGCAUAUAAUUGUAUGAAAAUUGCUUAUGAUAAUGGUUGUAAUUUUUUUGAUAAUGCCGAAGUAUAUGCUGCUGGUCGAGCUGAAACAAUUAUGGGUCAAGUACUUAAAAGAAUGUUCGAUCAAGAUGGUAUUCAACGAAGUGAUUUAGUUAUUGCAACAAAACUUUUUUGGGGUACACCAUAUUAUCAUGGAGAAGCAAAUAAAUCAAAUUUAAAAGGUUUAUCACGUAAACGAAUUAUUGAAGGCAUACGAGGAAGUUUAAAACGAUUAGAUCUUGAAUAUGUUGAUAUUGUUUUUGCACAUCGUCCGGAUUCACAUACACCAAUGGAUGAAAUUGUUCGAGCAUUUAAUUGGAUUAUUGAUCAAGGUUAUACUUUUUAUUGGGGAACAUCAGAAUGGUCAGCUGAAGAAAUUCGAGAAGCAUGGGAAGUAGCCGAUAAACUUAAUUUAAUUGGACCAUGUGCUGAACAACCACAAUAUAAUAUGUUACAUCGUACUCGAUUUGAAGUUGAAUAUGCACGUCUUUAUAAACCUCCAAUUAGUUAUGGUACAACUAUAUGGUCACCAUUAGCAUCUGGUCUUUUAACUGGAAAAUAUAGUGAUAAAAAGUUUGCUGAUGGUGAUAAUCGUUUAGGUCUUAAAGGAAACUUAUCAUGGCUUCGAGAACAAUUAGAAUCUGGUCAAGGUCUUAAUGGUCUUGAAGAAAGAAAUGUUGAUCGUAUUAUGGAAAUAGUUGAAAAUUUACGACCAAUUGCUGAAAAAUUAGGUGCAACAUUAGCACAAUUAGCUCUUGCUUGGGUAGCUAAAAAUUCUAAUGUAAGUACAGUUAUUACUGGUGCAAGUCGUUCAAGUCAAGUGACAGAAAAUUUCAAAGCAUUAACAUUUAUUCCAAAAUUAACACCUGAUAUUAUGGAAGAAAUAGAACAAGCUUUAAAAAAUAAACCAAAACAACCAUAUGAUUGGAGAUCAAUGAAUUAA